CUUUCUCCUCCCCCCUUUUUUUUUAUUAACCCAUUUCUUUCUUUCACCUUUUUCUUUUUCUUUUUUUUUUUUUUCUCUCUCUCUCUUUCACGGACACAUUCUCACAUACUCAAUAACCUCUUUCUAGUUUCGGUCUAUUUUGAAAUCAUGAACUCUUGGAAACUAACUGGGAAAAAAAGUAAAGAAGUAUCACCUCCACUUCCUCAAACUUCAACAUCUAUUACUACACAACAACAACAACAACCUUCAUCUUCAUCAUCUACUAAUCAUGAACCCAAGUCUGGUGUGUUACUUAUUCGUGUAUGUGAAGCUAGAGGAAUUUCUCUACCUGCUGGUGUUUCUCCUCCUCCUUCCAAUCUUCAACCUGUUCAACCUCGUAGUAACCGAGAUUCUUUUAACAGAAAACAAAAUUGGUGGUUACCUUAUGUAGUGUUGGAAUUCGACAAGAAUGAAAUUCUUAUUGAUGCUCUUGGUGGUGAUACAAACAAUCCUAUUUACCAGUAUCGUGCAAACUUUGAUGUCUCUCGAAAUUCGGAUGUUUCCAUAUCUAUUUAUUUACGUCCUCCACCUACUACUCAAGGAACUAUACCUGCCAAGACCAACAAUGAUCAUUUUCUUGGCGCUGUCAAGGUUCAACCCAAUUUCGAUAAUAAUAAAUUGGAUGAUCAAGUUCUGAAUAUUACUGGUGGUACUGGUGCUAUGCAUAUUCAAUUAUGUUAUAAACCACAACAGCAAAAUCAACCCAUUGCUUUUGAUUCUUUUGAUCUUUUACGUGUUAUUGGUAGGGGAAGUUUUGGAAAAGUAUAUGUUGUACGUAAAAAGGAUACCAAUCGGAUAUAUGCUAUGAAAGUGUUACGCAAAUCUCGUAUUAUCUCAAGAUCUGAAGUGACUCAUACUAUGGCUGAAAAGACUGUGUUAGCCAAGGUUCGAAAUCCAUUUAUUGUACCUUUGAAAUUUGCUUUUCAAAGUCCAGAUAAAUUAUAUUUGGUACUUGCUUUUAUCAAUGGCGGUGAACUUUUCCAUCAUUUACAAUUGGAAGGUAGAUUUACUGAAGAAAGAUCAAGGUUCUAUACUGCUGAAUUGUUAUGUGCAUUGGAAUGUUUACAUGACUUUAAUGUGGUUUACAGGGAUCUUAAACCAGAAAACAUUUUGAUCGAUUAUAAUGGACAUAUUGCUUUAUGUGAUUUUGGAUUAUGUAAACUCAACAUGACGGAAAAGGAACGCACCAAUACAUUCUGUGGUACACCUGAAUACUUGGCUCCUGAACUUUUACUUGGUCAAGGUUAUACAAAGAAUGUGGAUUGGUGGACUCUGGGUGUACUUUUAUAUGAAAUGAUGACAGGUUUACCUCCAUUUUAUGAUGAGAAUACCAAUGAAAUGUAUCGCAAGAUUUUACAAGAUGAAUUAAGAUUCCCUGAAGAUAUGUCUGCAGAUGCUCAACAUUUAUUAACUGGCCUUUUGACGAGGGAUCCAAAUGAACGAUUAGGAUGUGAUGGACCAGAAAUGAUCAAGAAUCAUCCAUUCUUUGCAAGUAUUGAUUGGCGAAAAUUGAUGCAAAAGAAAGUACAACCUCCAUUCAAACCUUUAGUGGAAAAUGCAUAUGAUACAACCAACUUUGAUGAUGAAUUUACGUCUGAAGCUCCUUUGGAAUCUUUGGUGGAUGAAUCUCAUAUCUCAAAAACAAUGCAAGAACAAUUCGCUGGUUUUACAUAUAAUCCUGCAAAUGAUGGUAUCAUGAGUGAAAGUUACAAUGGUUCCGUACCUAAUAGUGGACAAAAAUGGUGAUUGAUUGGCUGAUUAUAUAUUGAUGGAUAGAUAUAUUAUUAUUAUUAUUAUUUAUUAUUUUGAAACUGAUUAGUACAAUAAAUCUUUUUUUUUUAUUAUUAUAA